AUGGGUGUGGAAGAUUACGAGCCACGUGUCGUCCACCAGCUCCUAGAGUUCGCCUAUCGAUACAUGACGGACGUGCUGGGCGAGGCUCGUGUGUACGCGGAGCAUGCGGGGCAUGCGGCCCUGGAGGUGGAUGAUGUGCGCCUGGCCGUGCAGGCCAAGGUCUCUACUUCAUUCUCCCAGCCGCCGCCAAGAGAGGUGCUCAUGGAGCUCGCUCGAGCACGCAAUGCCGUGCCCAUCCCGCCCAUAGCCGGUUCUGGGCUCUUUGCACUGCCACCCGAGGCCGAGUGCCUGCUGCAGCCCAACGUGCAGAUCGCCGUUCCUCUGCCCGGCCCUGCGGCUCGUGGAUCGCACAAGAGGCAGCGUGACGGAGACACAGGAGGGAAGGCAGGGGGAAGGGGAGGAGGGGGGAAGGGAGGGGAAGCUGCAGCAAGAGUAAAGAAGGAGCAAGGGGGAGCGGAGCUACAAGAUGGGAAAGCUGGUGUAGGGGGGGCUAAGACCGUCAUCGCAGCACGCAAUCCCAACGCGUUAACGCCGUGUCCGUCGCCGCAGCCCACUCCAGGCUCCACCACCUCCUCCUCCUCCAAUUCCGCGCCUCACUCGUCGCAUCCCUCACGCGUUUCACACACACUUCAGCCGACUGCUCCCCUUCCUGCUAAGGCCCUGACCUUCGAGUUCAACCACGUGUUCGGCUAUGAUUCGUCCAAUUUCGAGGUAUACACCGAGUUUUGCAAGGGAGCGGUGGAGCGGGCUGUGGCGGGGUGCAGAGCGGUGGUUCUGUUGUACGGGCAGACAGGCACAGGCAAGACACAUACCAUCAGCGGAAGCAACGUGGAAGCGGGGGUCUUUCACCAUGCCAUGGCAGAUGUCUUCCGAGCAGCACAGAGUGAUGACGUGUCUCAUCUUCGUGCCAGGUUUCAGAGUGCUGACGUCAAUGCAUCAGACCGUGAAACCGUGGGAACACUGGAACAGUCCACGUCAGUGGUGCAGCGUCAGCCAGCACCAGACAAGUCAGCAGCGGUGGGGAACACCACGUCAACGCUCUCAGGCGAUGGGGGGUCUCCAGCAGCAAAUCAAUCGCCACCGUUGUUGUGUUUCCUAUCGGUGGUGGAGAUUUACAAUGAAAGAGCCGUUGACUUGCUGCAAGGAGUAAAACCCAGCUCUGUGCAAGUGAAGGAGAAUGGGAGCAGUCGCAGUGACAGCUCUAAGAGCACUUCUGGCAGCAGUCUCUUACACGCAGCAGGGAGGAAGCUUAUAACGGAGCAGCAGCUGCACUCAGUAGAAGAGGCAGCCGUGGCGUUUGAGCUGGCAGGGCAGAGGCGCAAGGUGCGGGGCACGAACAGGAACAAGCAGAGCAGCCGCUCCCACAUGCUCUACGUUUUUCGGAUUAGAAGAACGCUGCCGGCGAGGUUUGAGGUGCCCCCUUUUUCGGGUCUAGCAGUGGCAGCGGGGGAAGCAGUGGUGGUUUCUGUGCUGUGCUGUUUUGUAUCAACCCUCAGGACGUCCACGUCAGCAAGACCACUCUCAGGUGAGUGUUGUGGUGCCCCCUACUCUCAGGAAUGUGGGUUGAAUGUCGGAGCUGCUGCGGUGGCGUGCGAGGGAGAGGCGGCAGGGGAAGCAGUGCUCGAGUGGUACAAUGGCUACGGUGACUAUAGCGAUAAGGAGAAUGCUAAUAGCGACUGUGCUGUGACAACACAGGCACAUGUGGAGCAGAUGGGGCUGGGAAGCAGAGGGGAUGGGGAGGAGGAGGGAGAUGCGGAUGAAGGCGAAGGGGUGUUUGGUGAAGCAGGAAUCUGCCUGAAGCAAGUGGAGAAAGGGGAGGGGUGGAGGAAAAUGGACCCAAAAGGACAUCGAGUUAUUGCAGGAGAGGAUGGUGCGGCGGAGAAUGCGAAAGGGAACUUGGGAAACAGGAAGAAAUUGAAGGAGAGGGCUGUGGUGCUGCAGCGCUGGUUGGCAAUGGCAUAUGUGUGCUUUAGCAGCCAGGAUGGUGUUGGUGCAGUGCUGUAG